UGGGAAGGCGAGAAGCAGUGGGGUCCACGCCGGGCAUGGACCAGCAGAGACUGGACUCCUACCAGAGGGGAGCUAGCCGGGACUUCAAUGAGCAUGUCCUGCGUAAGACCAUCCUGGUGGGUGACAGUGGCGUGGGGAAGACAUCUCUGCUGGUUCAGUUCGACCAGGGCAAGUUCAUCCCAGGCUCCUUCUCGGCCACCGUGGGCAUCGGAUUCACAGUAAGCGCUCCCAGACUCUGGGGCCCUGGUGUGUCUCUGUCAGGGUCCCAGCGGGAAACAGGUGGACGCUCACACUGGAUCAUUCAAGCAGGUUUAAUACGAAGACUACUUACCAAGGGGGAGGCAGGCGCCCCGCUGCCCUCCGAGCGUCCCCACAACCGCGACCUGGGGACACCUGUCGGCCGCCAGCUGGCCGGGGCUCGGGCGCCGCCUGCGGGCCGCUCUGCGCAGCGGCAGCGAGAACCGGGGUGCGGGACCUCAGGUCCCCGCGAUGCCAGACCUCACGCUGACCUGCUGUCGUGGGCGCCCUCGCAAGACGGCCUGCUCGGGGCAGGUGUCGUCGGGGUGACCGGACAGAGGGAGGAGCCUGUCGGGGUCCGGGCCGGGGCGGUGGAGGGGGACAUGACGGGCAUGUCUGGAGCCGCUGCCACCCGGGAUGGAGAGGCCCCCGAGCGCUCCCCGCCCUGCAGUCCGAGCUACGAUCUCACGGGCAAGCCCAGGAAAACCAAACGGGGCAGAAGAAGGAUGGGGGAGAGGGAGGGAAGAAGGGCUGGUUCUGAGGCAUGGCCUGGCUCAGCUCACCCUCUCCCGCAGGCCUGGCUCACUGAGAUUCAUGAGUACGCCCAGAGGGAUGUGGUGAUUAUGCUGCUGGGCAAUAAGGCGGAUGUGAGCAGUGAAAGAGUGAUCCGCUCAGAGGAUGGAGAGACACUGGCCAGGGAAUACGGAGUUCCCUUCAUGGAGACCAGCGCCAAGACGGGCAUGAAUGUGGAGUUAGCCUUUCUGGCCAUUGCCAAGGAGCUCAAGUACAGAUCCUUGUGGCAGCCCGAUGGGCCCCACUUCCAGAUCCGAGACUUCGUGGAGUCCCAGAAGAAACAGCCCAGCUGCUGCUCCUUCUUAUGAAUCCCAAGGGGCUGAAGGGAGACUUCAGAGGCCCCACGGAUGCAGCCUUCUCCCCCAGAUCUGGUUUAUUCUGAGCGGAAGGAAGUUGGGGACCCAGGGCACAGCCCCUUCCAAAGACGGAGCUGUACUCCCACGCUUACCCUAGUUCCUGUAACUUCCCUGCAUCCUGGGGGAGGGUAAAGUAUUUAUUUCAUUUUAAUGAUACAUAAUGUAAUACAAAAAAGGAGGGGUGGGCACCAGAAAACCAAGAGAGGGCCCUGGUGGUCCUUUUGCCUUCUGGUACUAGGACUUAGGGGGCCCAGGAUCCCUCCUCGCCUUGACACGGGUGGUAUUCUCCAGCUCAGCACCAGAGGGCAGUGAUGCACUUCUGUGGCGGGAGGGUAGGACGUGACCCCAGGCCACCCUCACCUCAGCUGGAGAGGUGAAGCAGACCCCAGCUUUCUUCCUCCAGCUCCCAGAGAACAGUUUUCCCCAGUAAGAUGGGCCCUUGUGCUGGGACCCAACCGAGGUUCAGGGAAGGUAAUCGAUGUGUACAUUGGGCCGCCACUGAGCUCUGUGGGUAGGGGAGAGGGGAGUAGCACAGACUAGGUGUGUCUGCUUGGCUGCCCCUGGCCUUAAUAGCCCCCCUCUGGGAGGUGUACCCCUUUUCCUCCAGCCCACAGACUGAAAACAUUUGGUUCCUCUUCUCUGGACCUCAGGUCCCAAGCGAAACCCCCCCUCCCCGAAUCCCUAGUCUUCUCUACCUUUUUGCUUUCGCCUCUAGACACCUAAGGUCAACAGCUAGAGAAAGGUUUUUCUUCUGUCCCAACACUUCUGCGGAGAGGUAGCCCCACAGGCUACUUCCAGCAGCUACAGUGCUUCUACUGAGUUAAGAAUCAGAUAAGGGGGAACCCCUGAGUCCUGAAGCAGGUGGGAGGCAGAACCAAGCAAACCUCACCCCUCACAUACCCCCCCAAACCCAAGGGCUGCCUCCUCCCUGACCACCCAUGCUUUUUCCCUUCAGACAGACACCACGGCCAAAACUGCUUUAUGUCCCCUCCCACUGGGCCAGGUUAGGGGGUGAGAGGUCACCCAUUUCUGGGUAAACCAACACACUGUGUGUAAAACAAAGUCAUAUGGGUAAGACUCAGGAGAGGAGAGAGGCAGCAAGGAGUUUAUGUGGGAUCAAGAUCACCUGUCUGACAAAACCCUGACCCUGGCAACUGGAGGUGAACAGGAGACAUGUGGGUCAUGAACAGGGCGGGGGGGCGAAGUACACACUGCACAUUUCUAAGGCUACUGCAUUUGCUUUCAAGGCAGAAAUCCCACUCUCUGAGCAGAGUCAGCAGCUCCAACUCGGGCCUGAUAAGGAAGCUCUCUGAGACUUCUCCCAGGAGGAGCAGAGAGGAGCCUGACCUUGCUGGGCUCUUCUGGGGCCCAAGGCAGGUCGUAGGCAAUCCAAUCACAUGGGCUGCUCCGGGCCUCUAGCAUUUGUGCUUUCAGAAUUAAAUUGCACAAUUGGGAAAGUA